AUGAAAUUCUCCUUCGCUUCGCUCCUGGUGGCUGGAACCACCGUCGCCUCCGCCGCGAACGCCGCCAGUGUCGGCAACGCUGGCAGCGCUGGCAGCACUGGCCUGCCGUCCAUCCCUCAGAGCUGCCUGGAGAUUCCCCAGGUCGUUGGCAACAAGCCCCAGCAGCUGAUGCAGUACUUCCACAAGGAAGUGUGCCAGCAGGGCUGCAAGGCCACUAUCAACCAGCACAACCACUAUCUGCACAACUACGUGAUGCCGCAGAUUAUCAAGGACGUGAACCAGCGCCUGGAGGUCCCCGUGCAGGAGCAGCAGCUGUUCAAUCAGACCAGCACCCAGGUUGUCGCCGCCGUACAGAAGAGCUGUGCUCAGGAGGGCAACAAGCCUCUCUGCAACGAUCUUCAGGGUGUCUUCGACUACGGUCUCUGCGCCUUCAAGGCCUCCCAGCCCAUCCUGAUGAACCACGUCAAGGAGUUUUCCGGAAGCGCCAAGCUCACCGAGGAGAAGUGCAACAAAAUCAAGGCGCUCGACUCCGACCAGACCAUCUGGCAGAAGACCCUCCCCGCCUACGUGGACAAGUUCGCCAAGCAGUGUGCUCAGGGAAAUUAA